AUGUUUGUUGCAGACGAGCCUGGUUUCAGCGGACCGAUAGAGAACGUGACGGCGCCGUUGGGCCGCGAGGCGGUUCUCGCGUGCACCGUACAUAACCUCUCCACGUACAAGGUGGCGUGGUUGCGCGUUGACACACAAACGAUUCUGACAAUUCACACCCACGUGAUCUCCCGGAGCAGGCGAGUGGGGGUAACACAUAGCGACCACAGGACUUGGUUCCUGCACAUCCGCGAGCUAAGGGAGACAGACAGGGGGUGGUAUAUGUGUCAAAUAAACACUGACCCGAUGAAAAGUCAGCUCGGUUACUUGGAUAUUGUUGUACCUCCGGAUAUUUUGGACCGUGGAACAAGUACCGACCAAACGGUUCGAGAGGGUGCAUCGAUAAGCCUGACGUGUGCGGCCACAGGCUCACCCCAGCCGAUGAUAAACUGGCGAAGAGAACAUUCCAAAAUGAUCCCCUUAGCAAAUGGUUCACAAGUGACGUCACUUGAGGGGCCCGUAUUAAAUAUUAGCAGAGUGAGCAAGCAGCACGCGGGGCCAUAUUUAUGCAUCGCCUCGAAUGGAGUGCCGCCUACUGUGAGCAAACGAAUAAUGCUCACCGUUGAAUUUCCACCGGUGAUAACAAUAAGAAACCAACUGGUCGGAGCGGCACUUGGCACUGAUCUGGUGCUAGAAUGCGAAACGGAAGCUUAUCCCAAGCCUGUUAGCUACUGGAGUCGUGAAGAUGGAGAAAUAGUUCCUAUUGGCGGUAGCUUGGAGCCACAGCGGAUAGCGGGUACUUACCGCUCUAUAUUAAGGCUUCCGCUUAGAAGAAUCAAGAAUACCGACUAUGGCGCUUACAAAUGCGUCUCAAAAAACUCAUUGGGCGACACCGAGGGCACUAUCAAAUUGUAUCCUAUGCCACCCCCAGCAUUGGAAAAUAAUAAAAAUGUUAUACAAAGGCUAAACAUUAUGAUUGAUAAGGCAUCUGAGAGCACUCCGUUUGGAACCCAAGGUACGUCAUAG